AUGAUUAAAGAAUUAAAAAAUGCGGUAAAGGAUUAUGGAAUUACCAGCCACUACUCCAGAGGACUUCUUAAUUCUCUAGCGGGUGCCUAUCAACUGCUACCACAGGAUUGGAAAGACUUGGCUCGGAUGUUGCUUAAUGGAACCCAGUAUGUGGUGUUUGAGUCCGAGUACAAAAGGAAAGCCAUGAAUAGGGCGACACGGCCGGGAGCCCAGUGGACCAUGGAACAAUUAUUUAGGGAGGGUGCCUUUGCCACACUCCUCACCCAGGCGCAGGCCUUAACACCCCUUGCUUUUUCGUUUGUCAACGAAUGUGUAAUGGCUGCCUUGUCCCGUGUAGAUGAAUCUGGUACCCCGAUUCAAUCCUUUUCUGCCAUAAAACAAACUGCAACCGAAUCUUAUUCCGAUUUUAUUAACCGCCUACAAAAGGCAGUGGAGAGACAAAUUUCUAACAAGGAAGCAGCUGCUGAAAUUCUUAUGAAAUUGGCAUUUGAACAUGCAAACGCGGACUGCCAGUCUGUCCUUAAACCUUUGGCAUCCUGCCUGGCGCCAACCCUUGCUGAUUAUCUCAAGGCUUGUUGCUCCCUCCUGGCGGAGUUUUUCCGCAUCUUCGAAAGCUACAAUUUCACCAGCGGUGUCAUCUCCCUGCGUGAGGGCCGGUUGCUCCCUCUCCCCGAUUUCCUGUUAUCCGACGCUGGUCAGAAAUUCAAGGUGGGCCCUAUCAACCUCCAGGAUCCCUUUGAGCUGAGCCACAAUGUUGCAGCCAACGUCAACGAAAAGACGGCGCUGCGCCUUCAGCGGAGCUGCCAAGACGCCGCCAAAUACUGCCGGAGUUUGCAAUACCAGCGUAAAUCCAGCAAGGGGAAGAGCUGGGGCCUGGUUCGUCUCUUCCAGCCCGGCAGCUCCCAAGCCCCAGAACACCUGGUCAUCCUCCUCCCUUUAACGCCGGCCACACAAUCCCGCUCGGAAUUGCAUCCGAGCAGGGAUUCCUCCCAGCUCCCGUUUCGGAGGGUGUGCGCAGGCAUCUCGUACGUCCUGCAGCAUGUGUUGAAAUGCAGCUGCUCGGAGAAUCCGCAGGGACCCGGAGACGAUGGGGAAUCCUUCGGCAGCGAUCCGGAGGAGGAUCACCUGAAAACGAAAACCGAACAAUUGUCGGUGGGUUCCAAGCGAUCUCUGGAUCUAGAAGACGCCGCGUUGGGGGCUCCCCCUGCGAAGAAAUCACGGAUGGAGGUUUCGCUUCCCGACACGGAAAGUGUGAGCUGGGACUGCGCCGCCUGGCACCGCGUCUGGUUAGGAAGACGGCGGGUCCGGCGACAGUUCAGCAGCCCGCAAGCGGAUCCCAAAACAUCCGCUGAUCCCUUAGAGCUGGAAGGCAAAGUAUCCGAGGCGAUUUCCCAACAAGAGGGGCAGACUAGGCCAGUCGAUCCGCUGUUCGGAUUCAACGUUUGCGCCACGAUCAAAGACGGGGGUUCCGGGGAACAGGAUCCCCAAGUCAACCUCAAUUUCACUCCAGACCCUGAACAGGGAGGAGUUUUCCAAGAUUUUUUUCAUUUCCUGCAAUGUUUCCUGCCCCGAAUGGUUGAGCAGUACCUGGCCACCAAGCAGCCUCCAGACCUCUGUCCCCCGGAAGAAAAAUCUUCUCCUCCAGUGGGGGACAUUUGAAAAUUCUGUAUUUAGAUAAACGUUUCCCCCUUUUCUGACUGUUGGCGAGAAUAAAAGAAAUUGC